ACGGAGCCACCGACACACACGCACAUACAAUUCAUCAUUCCUCGAUAGAUAGAGAGACAGGCCUCAAGUCAGUCUCAGCCCUAGGUACAAACCAUGAGAAUCCAGGCCCAUCGCCAUCCCGCUCCGGAUAGCCGCCCGCAUCGAGCUUGAAUCGGUUAACUGGGAUUUGGCCUUGGAUUUGGUGCUGAGCCAUCUUCCCUUUCCUCCCUUUUCUCCCUUUCCUCGGAUAGAUUAGACAUCAAUAACAUCAUUGAUCCUGAUAUUCAUGCGUGUCUGCAUGCCUUCAUAUUCAUACAGCCCGUGAUUGUCUGAUUACGUUGAUUGACAAUUUGGCCGACUACGAUGAUGAUGAUGAUGAUGAUGAUGGCGGAGUUGAAGAAAUGGGUGAUGGUGAUGUGGAAACAUGCCGCCGGCUUGUGAUCAUCCCAUUGAUUGUCUCUGCCUUUAACAAGACCCUCUCAUGAUACUGACCAUGCCGAGGACCCUAGUCCGUGCCACGUAAUGUGUAGGAGGAUUGGCAUUGGGAUCGGCGGAUUAAUUCAUUGAUGGUCUCGCCAUGUGCGCCAAAAGUACAAAGUAUUUGCCGGCUUCGUUCGCUUGGACCUUGUUGGUGUCGGUCACCACGCUCUUCUUUUAUUUCCCAUGCAUGCAAUGGUACGUGUUGGAGCGGCAUUUGUGGUUUGUACCCAUCAUACAGGGAAUCAUCACUUUCUUCGUCCUGAUGAACUUCAGUCUGGCCACGUUUAUGGAUCCUGGCGUCAUUCCGCGGGCUAAUGCGGACGAGGACCGGGACGACGAUUUUCGGGCACCGUUGUACCGGAACGUGGAAAUCAAUGGUAUUACCGUCCGGAUGAAGUGGUGCGUCACGUGUCAGUUCUACCGUCCACCCAGAUGUUCCCAUUGUUCUGUGUGCAAUAAUUGCAUCGAGAUUUUUGAUCAUCAUUGUCCGUGGGUCAAUAAUUGUAUCGGUCGUCGCAACUAUCGCUAUUUCUUCAUGUUCCUCAUCUCGUUGUCUGUACACAUGACUUCCAUUUUUACACUCAGUUUGAUCCAUGUCCUCCACAAUCGAGAUAAUUUGACCGAGGUCUCGGUCUUGGUCUCCAUUGUAACGAUUUGUAUAAUUGCUCUGCUCGCGAUUCCCAUUUUUGGGUUAAGUGGUUUCCACUGCGUGUUAGUGAGUCGUGGACGGACCACUAAUGAGCAGGUGACCGGGAAGUUUCGGGGCGGUUAUAAUCCUUUCUCCAAAAACUGCCUUUUCAAUUGCUGCAAUACCCUGUGUGGGCCCCACUAUCCCAGUCUGAAGCAUCCGGCCAAGUAUGUGGGCAAAAAGCGGCGAAAAUACACCAUUCCGGCUAAGCCUUAUCCUCCGAGUGUCAAUGCCGCAGGUGGACAAAAUCGGGUGGAUGAUGGGCCAAGCGUCUCCAUCAACGGAAACGGAGCGCAUGGAGAAAUUCUGACUGAACAGGUUCGAGUGUACCGAGAUGCUACCUCAACUAAUGCUCCCACUGCGGGUCGGGCUCAGUAUUCUCGGAUGACCUUGAAUCGUCAUGACGUGGAUGACCAUUCAGAUUUGGACGAGCCUAUGGCCAGUAAGUCUGCCGAUAGUGAGGGUACCCUCACGCACAACUCCUCCAAGACUAACUUCUUUCCACAUCCAAACGGAGACGAAGGCAAAAGUACCUCGAUGGCGUCUCGAGGAAGCUUUAAGAACAGAGAUUCGCCUAACUAUCAAGGAAAGUUCAACCCUCAGUAUGGCAAAGGAUCGCCUCACCCGUCACAGAAAAAGUCAUCUGCCGGAGGGGGCAAUCGAUCCCAGACACCCGAGCAAUAUCUUAAUUCGAGAGCUCAGCCUUCUGAGAGUGUCGAAAUGAGGCCCAUCAUGAGCAAUGCUGGGAAUCCCAAUGGACGCCCACAAGUCUCGAGCCCCACUUCGCAUAAAAUGUCGCGAAUGGGUGGGAUUGCCACUCCAUUUGCCGGUCAGCCGGGCAUGCCAGCAUCCGUACCGGCUAGAUACGCAUUGAACUCGACUUCGAGGCCUGAUUUCAUUCAGAUUCAAGCACAUCAACAACAGUCACAGCCGACCAUGUACUCGAACCCUUCCACGAUGUCUACCAACACCCCGGGAGCCUACACGAUCAAUGCUCCCAUGUCGAGAAGUUAUACAUCGCAAACGACUUAUUCACACAAUCCGUAUCCGGCCACCUCUCCGGCACGAAGAUACAUGUCUGACGGUGAACUACUAGAGGGUUCUCAACCACCAGACUAUCCCGUGACCAGCUCGGUUGCUGUGAGUAAUAUUCACCCAGGAGACCAGGUAAGCCUGUCCUCGCACCACCCAUCUUAUGCAUCCCAAGUUGGUUAUUUCCUCCAUCAGCACCAUCAGACCUUACCGGUUCUACAGUCGGGCGGCCCUCGGACUACACCCUCGGGUUAUCCCGGAGGUCCCAUCGUUCCCAGCGGUCACAUGUCGCCGCAUCUCGGGAAUGCGACGACUUCUAGUCUUCCAGGGAGUGGAGCAAAAAUCAUGACCCCAGGUUAUACUACAACGGGUCGUCUCUCUGCUCAUCAAACACACGCUUUGCUACAGCAACAACAACAACAGCAACAACAACAGCAAGAACACGGCAUCGUCGUGUCGUCUCUACAUCAACCAUUGUCAUUUACGAAAGCGCUGGAGGUCACUGAGGGUAUUCAACGCGCUGUGAACUCGGGAAACUCAGGAUCUCAGCAGCAACAUCAACAACAAAUACUACCCCAGCAGCAACAACAACAACACCUAGGAGCCAGUGAUGAUAAUCGCGAGAGUGUCUAUGAUCUAAAUAAUUACGAAAUCUCCGUCUGACAUCAAGCCCAUCCAUUCCCGGUGCGAAAGUAAGAAGCAUAUGUCCCUCGAAAAGUCUCUCGAUCAUUGUCAAGCUUCUGUGUACCCUUCUCCCAGUUUUGUGAGUGGACAAAGUGACUGGUCGUUGUGGGGUAGGACCUAAAAACGCCCAUUUGUUGCCAUACUACUUUGAACUUGUGUGAGAAUGUGCUUGUGAGCUUAUUCCUACGUAGUGGAGAAUGACAUUCCAUUUCUGUGGAAUCCCAACGGACUGACAGGAAGCUCUAUUCCAAUGUUAUCUCAUACACCUAAACACACACGCAUACACACACGUACAUACACUAAACACCUUGCCAAUCGCAAAACUCGAACGGGAUGGAUGGAUUCUUAUCAAUUCGUUGUCAACUCGUCAGUGUUGCAGACCCGUUCAUAUACUUUAAUCAUAAGUGAUUUGAUAACACAAUUUAUACACCACGGAUUCCUAAUUGAACCAUUGUUGGCCUAUUACCCUAAUUCAUGAAUAAUAUAGAAUAUUAGGAUUUUGUUUCGUUUAUCUUCGCCCUGAAAAUCAAAAUCGUCGAAUGAAAUGGAAACAAUAAAUCAAACAAGGAUAUUUACAAUGUA